AUGACAGAUCUCGAUGGGAAUGAAGCACUGCUACACCUACUUGAUGAAACAUGGGAAGAUAAGCAGCGUAUCACUGUACACAACUCAAAAUGGACGCGAGAUUACCUUACGCGGUUGACGUCCUUGUCGCUAGAUGAGCUGUUGCAUGAGCCUUCCGAUUUACGAGUCGAACGAGAAAGCUUACAAAAGGACGCGCAACAACUCGCUUUUCAUGAUUAUCCAGCGUUCAUUCAUGCGAAUACGUGCCGACAUCAGGUUUCUUCAACGCUCGACGAGUUGCAGAGUCAUUUGGAUGGAUUUGUUACGAGCGUGCCUGGAUUGCAGGAAGCAUGUCAGUCAUUUAGCGAUAUCGCCGGUGAGAUUGUCGAGGAACGAAACAAGAUUACACGAGUUAUUGAACAACAAAACGUGCUUGUGGACUUGUUGGAGAUACCUCAACUCAUGGAGACAUGUGUAUGGAAUGGAUAUUACUCAGAGGCUAUGGAUCUUGCUUCUCAUGUUCGAUUACUGCUUGUACGCUAUCCGCUACCCAUUGUUCAAAGCAUUCAACGACAAGUACAAGCAUCUGUUGAUUUGAUGCUCUUACAGCUUGUGUCCCAUUUACAAAGACCUAUCAAGUUGGCAGCAGCCAUGAAUGUCAUGGGCCAUUUACGUCGUAUGGAUGCAUUCGAUUCGGAGAUCGAGCUACGUAUGGUGUUCUUGAGAUGUCGUCACGAUUAUUUGACUCAACGCUUGGAACGCAUCAAACGUGGCAAAUCAUCCAACGAGCACGAAGAGGCAUUCGAAUAUGUUAAACGAUACAUCGAUGUGAUGCGGGAGCAAAUGUUUGAGAUCGCCACGCAGUACAUGUCUAUCUUUUCACAACAAGAGCAACAAAGUAUCCUGAUUCUAUCUGACUACAUGAUUCAUUUAUUGAACACCAUCCACACUCUACUCACCACCGAACUACCAAAGAUUACGGAUACUUCUGCAUUGGCAUCCUUACUCACUCAGCUACAGUACUGUGGUAUGUCACUCGGCCGUGUUGGUAUCGACUUUCGACAUCUCUACGUACACGUCUUUGAAGACACGGUGCGCCCGCUUAUUCUGAAAACAGUCGACAAAGCAACUGAGGAGCUUGUUACUAUCAUCACCACCAAUAAAGCUCCUCCUAAUACAUGGAUGCUGACAAAUCGCUAUACGACAUACCAGCAACAGCAACAGAUAGCAGACAACGAACACAGCAAUACUCAUUCACAUCAGCCACCAAUGCUUCUCGUUGACUAUCCACCAUUAGCUGUUUUUACCAAUGCCAUCUUGUCAGCCUUCAAUGCAUUACGACUUCUUCCAGCCGUCAGUCUUCUUCAGCCUGUAUCUAGCCACCUGGAUGCCUGCUUUUUGGAAAUCGGGAGUGCGCUGAAGCAAUACGUGGACAACGCUGAAUCUACAAUACCACACGAGAUGACAUCGGUGCGUUCAUUUGUAUUGGCGUAUGUUCGUUGUUGUGUACCAUUUCUACGUGAUUGUCUUUUCAGCGGCAUCUAUGUCGAUAUCCAGCAUGAAAGUGAUAUCAACGACAAAGAUCUCGAAGCGUUGUUCGAUUUAAAAUCCGACGAGCAGAUUGGGUCAACGGCAGAAAAUGAUACUACGGAGGAAAAUGUCGAUAACAGUGCCAGUGCUCACGAACCGGAAGAAGAGGGCAAGGAGAACGACGAUACGUCAGUAUCAGUUGACUCGAGUAGCAACGACAAAGAUCUGGCAAACAACAUGUUAACGAGUAAUGAUGACAAUGACAAUGACAACCAAUCACGCAAUCAGGAGGAUGAGAAAACAACAGCUACAGAAGCACAAGAAGCACAAGCUGAUGGAGGGCAUAUGUCUCAAACAGGAUCAGAUACAACCAAUCCACAGCUAGAAUUUGACGAAUCUCAACCAAGGAUAGAUAAUGAAAAUGAGACUACUGGCAAGGAUGAUAAUUCAGCCAUUGACGACUCGACCAGCUCGAAACCGCGUGGCAAAAAAGCAAAAGGGAAAUCCAAAGGAUCAAGGCGGCGUCAACAUUAA